AUGGCCAUUUCAAACUCUCAUCAUGCUGCACUUCUAAGUUCACCAGGAAUGGGUCAUAUAAUCCCCAUUCUAGAGCUAGCAAAAAGCCUAGUCACUCACCACAUCAUUCCCAAAGUAACAUUAUUUCUUGCUUCAAUCAAAAGCACUGUUCCAUCCAAAGCAGAGACCCAUGUUCUCCAAUCUGCCAUAAAGGAAAACCUCUUUGAAAUAAUCCAACUUCCCCCACUUGACAUCACCAAGUCACUUGGCUCAGAUGCCACCAUAGAAACAAGAAUAGGACUCAUAAUGCAUGAAAUCCCACCACUCUUUCUCUCAACAAUCUCCAACAUGAAACUCAACCCAACCAUCCUCAUCACUGACUUUUUCCUAAGCCAAGUUAUACCUCUGGCCAAGAAUCUCAAAGUGCCCAUGUAUGCUUUUGCACCAACAAAUGCAUGGCUCCUUGCACUUGGUCUUUAUACUCCUACAUUAGACAAAGAGGUGCAAGGACAAUAUAACGAACCUAUCUCAAUCCCAGGUUGCAAAUCCAUACAUCCUAGUGAUUUGUUCGAAAUGUUGCUGGACAGGACACAUCCGCUGUAUCACGAAUAUCUUGGCACGUGUGAAGGGGUAACACAGGCUGAUGGGAUCCUUGUUAACACAUUUAACGAGCUAGAACCUAAAACACUGGCAGCACUCAGCAGUGGACAAAUCACGAAGGUGCCAGUGUAUCCAAUUGGGCCAUUGAUAAGGGAAACAAACCAAAACAAUGAUGAGGAAAAGAGAAGUGAUGUUCUUGAUUGGCUAGACAAGCAAGAAGAAGAGUCAGUGAUAUAUGUCUCAUUUGGUAGUGCAUACACAAUGUCACAAGAGCAAAUCAAAGAGAUGGCUUUAGGAUUGGAGCUAAGUGGGAAAAAAUUUGUUUGGUCUUUGCGUUCAUCAUCUGCAAUAAAACCUGGCAAUGAACACUACCUCACAGCAGGUGAGUCUAUUGAAACUCCUAGUGUGUCUAAACUUGAAGAGUCAAGUUCUUUUCCAGAAGAGUUCUACAGAAUACAAAACAAUGUGUUUGUGAUCAUAGAUUGGGCACCCCAGUUGGAUAUUUUGAAGCAUUCAUCUAUUGGUGGGUUUGUGUCUCAUUGUGGAUGGAACUCAGUGAUAGAGAGUGUUUCAUGUGGGGUACCAAUGGUUGCAUGGCCACUCUAUGCAGAGCAAAAGAUGAAUGCUGCAAUGUUAGCAGAGGAAGUUGGUAUUGCAGUUAGAAUAGAGGUUCAACUGUCUAAUACCAACAUGGUUAGGAAGGAGGAUAUAGUGAAAGCAAUAAGGAAGAUAAUGGAUAAGGAUGACAAAGAAGGAUGUGCUGUGAGGAAAAGGGUUAAGGAGCUUAAGCACAUAGCAGAAGAAGCUUGGUCUCAUGAUGGUUCCUCCUAUUUUGCACUUUCAAGAAUCAGUCUCUCAAAUGGUGAGUGA